AUGACGUUGACCAUUGGUGAGGAGACCAAAUCCAGACUAAGAUCGCUAAGCGGGAAUACUAGUUCGUUGCUAAAUUUAAACAAACGCAAGAAGAAGAACAAGGAAAAGAAAAAGGAUAAGGACAAGAGUCAACCAAAGUCUCAGGGCAAUACACGUGUGCUACGGUCUACGAGUCUGAAACCCAAUGUCAAUGAUGAUGCAUCUGCAUUAUCGUCGAAUUCGAGCUAUGAUAAGGUGUAUUUGAUGGAUGGGAGUGACCAUAAAGCAGGAUCUGCGAAUCAUGCCUCUGAUAAGAACAAUGUUUCAAGCACGGGUUCAGGUAUCCAAAGCAUCAAGAUUCGUAGUAGCAGACAGUCUGGCGAAAAGUCAAGAUCGAGGUCGCUGAGGAUUUCUACAUCAUUGUCGAGGCUUCCGAGAAAGAAUUCAUUAAAUGCAGGAAAUGAUACGUCUUCCACUGAGGGUUUCAAUCAAACUGCAAUGACAAGGGAAGAGAACACUGAUCCAUUGGGUUCGAGGUUACGGGUAAGCGAUAGCAAGGCUUCUCUAUCUGACGUACCAUCAACGACUCUGUUCACCAAAUUCAAGUCUUCGAAAAGUGAUAGUGCGACUCCCGUAAAGAGUAAGCCAGACGAAUCUGAUUCCGGCCUCUUUUCAUCGCUAAUAUCGGCUGCACAUAACGCUGCUAACCAUUUGAUACCCAAAAGUUCACUGAAGAGUAGUAGCAGCCUUUACGAUGAACCGUCCAAUGGAGAUAGAACUCAGUUGCUGACUUCUGGUAUUGGUGGUACAGAUACAAGUAAUGAUCCAUACAACCAUACAGGCUCAUUUCUGAAUCAUUUAGACUUCCUUCUUGCUCCCAGCUCGAAUAAUGAUUAUUUACUGAAGAAGGCGACGACACUAGACACCCUUAAUACCAGCGACUCCUCUACAUCUUCCAUUUCUCAACAAAUGACUAAUCCGUCUUCUACCGUGCCGUUAUACGAUGAUAGCGAUCAAGAUGGUAAUAACAGUGAUGAUAUUGGUUCUGUGGGAACUUUCAUGGAUAAAGUCAAAUUUACAUCAGUAAAGCAAGAUAAUGCCCCCCCAAUUUCGACCUUUGGGAGGGGAAAUCUAACUUUAGAUGCCAUUGAAAAGGACAAAGAUGAUCUCAAGUCCACCGGCUUUCAUACACCAAGUGUGCUGAUUACCACAGACCAACCAGAUCGACCGGUAUCGUCUCCGUCCCCACUCUCAAUGCCUAAUGAUGAUGCAAAUACGGACAGCAAUACAAAUUCUGCCAGUCCUUCAUUCGAAAAAACUAGGCCGAGGAACGGUAGGUCAAGACGCCCCGAAGUGUUGAGAGAUUUAACUAUGAGAUCAUUGUCGCCUGCUGCAGCUACGAAAUUAUUUACAGCACCCCUAAGAAAUUCAUUUUCGGGCAGAAACAUGACAAGAGCGAGUAGCAUAUCCAAGACCAGUGAUAUUGUUCAACCACCUGGAGGACCAACACGCCUGUCAACUUCGGACAUUCCAAUAAAGAGAAAAACUGAAGAACCAGAACUUCAAGGCAUUGAAUAUGCAAGUGCUAAGCGUAAUACAGAUUUCCAUACAAUCUUUAAAGACACCGUAGUAUCUCCAAUUGAAAGAUUAAUAGCGGAUUACAGUUGUGCUUUAUCAAAAGAUAUUCUCAUUCAAGGUAGGUUAUACAUAUCUGAUAGACACAUUUGCUUUUACUCGAAUAUUUUGGGAUGGAUGAAGACUGUUGUAGUUCCAUUCAAAGAGAUAGUUCAGAUCGAACAAAAGAACACUGCCGUAUUAUUUCCUAAUGCCAUAUCGAUACAAACCUUACAUGACAAGUUCCUGUUUGCAUCUUUCAUAUCAAGGGACAGUACAUUUGAUCAAAUUAUGGAUAUAUGGAAUCAAACAAUAAUCAAUAAAAACUUCAAGCCUAAACGAGGUACUAUGGGAUCUGCCGAUCUGAUGAAUGAUGAGAAUCUGACUCUUGAUAGUGAAGCUUCAAGCAUGGAUUACGAUGAUGAGGAUGUUCAGACUAACGACCGGACUUCCACAUCUAUCACUGAUUCCUAUGGUAACCGUGAUGAAAGUGAUUCGUACGAUGACGACGAUACCGAUGACAUAAAUCCAGAUGAUAUGACAAGUAGCUCUGAGGAAAGCACAAAUAGCGUGUCUGACGAGGCAAGACCCUCAGGACUUUCCAAAAGUUCAAAUUCUCAAAGCUCAGCACAGUUGGGUCCUUCGAAACAUGAGCCGACUACUCCCGACUACACGCCAAAAGAAAAUGAACGAGAAAUGGGGGAGACCAUUUUGAACGCCCCUCUUGGUACAGUGAUAAAUAUACUCUAUGGCUCAGAUGUCCAAUACUUUGAUCGAAUAUUAAAAGCUCAAGGCAACUAUGAUAUCUCCAAAUUUAAUGAAAUAAUCCAAUCCAAAAAAAGAGAAUACGUGUACACUAAACCAAUUUCCGGUAGUAUAGGUCCAAGUAAAACUCGCUGUGAGAUUACUGAAUCAAUCGACAAGUUAGAUCUCAAAAAUUACGUGCAGGUCACACAAGUCUCGAAAACUCCCGAUAUACCUUCGGGUAAUUCCUUCGUUGUUAAAACAAUAUUCUUAUUCUGUUGGGCUGAUGACAAUUCAACCAAGGUGAAAGUGUAUACUUACGUGGACUGGUCUGCUAAGAGUUGGAUCAAAGCGGCUGUUGAAAAGGGAACCUUUGACGGAAUAAAAUCUUCUACGAAAAUUCUUUUCGAGGAACUUGAAGACAUCAUCGAGGAAAACAAAGGUAAGAGCAGCUCCCCAGAUAACAGAAAGGAUAUUGAAGAGGUUUUAUCUUCACUACCAUGUUUGGGACCUAAGGAACACGAACCAACCGAAUGCACUUUUGAAAAAUCAAGCGGCUAUGAAAUUAUUGACGAUAAAAUAAGUUUCAAGUCUCCUGUUGGUACCAUCUUCCAAUUAAUAUGCGGAGAUGAUACCUCAUACAUGAAGAGAAUAUUGGAAAGGCAAAAGAAUAUUGAAAUAUCUGAUAUCCCACCAUUUCAGAAUAAGACUAGAAAGUACACAUACGUCAAGCCGCUACCAGGAUCAAUUGGUCCAAAGCAAGCAAAGUGUUACAUCGAAGAGAAGAUUGAAUCUGAUGAUGUUAACACGUGUAUGGUACUUGAACAAAUAUCAAAGACACCAGAAAUCCCAUCUGGUAAUUCAUUCGAAGUGCAUACCAAAUUCUACUUCUCCUGGGGAGAAAAAAACACCACCAAUGUCUUAGCAGCAACGAACAUUGAAUGGACUGGGAAAAGUUGGAUCAAAUCGGCUAUACAAAAAGGAUCUAUAAACGGACAGAAAGCUAGCGUUCAGGAUAUGGUAGCUGAAAUAAAAGACAUUCUUUCUUCUGCGUCGUCAACAACGAAAAGAAGACCAACGAUAUCUAGAAGGAAAACUGAAAGAUCCAGGUCAAAGAGGAAAACCAUAUCAAAGUCAAGGGAACAACCAGAAGUACAGAAUGGCGGAUUAUAUGCAACUGUCCAAGAAAUAUAUGGUAUUGUUAAGGAUCUAGUUGCUGACUUACCUCCUAUUAUUCUUGCUGCUGCUGCUGUAGUGCUGCUUAUACUAAUCAUAUUUGUCCCUAGACUCUGUUCGAGUUUAUUCCACAGAAGCCCAUCGCCUCAUUUCGUUAGUCCCAGUACAAUUGUUAUGGACGGGGAGGAGUACUAUGUUCUGCCUGCCAUGGAAACGUAUUAUGGAAGGAAUAGGCGUGGUAAUAAAAAUAAGCCAUUCAGUAAACUUUAUUCUGAUUCUGAAUAUGAUCUAUGGAAUUGGAUUGAUUCACACAGCGGCUCGGAACUAAACAAAAAAUCUGGACCGAAUUUAGAUGUCAAUUACAAUAUAAACAGUACUAUUCCUUUAAACAAAGCUGUGGAACAUAAGAAGCAAAAUUUAAAAGAGGUUAUCAGAUUAACUGAGUUACAAUUAAUGAAGCUAAAAGAAAAAGCAAAUUUAACCGAUAACUCGACUUAA